GGGCAGCCAGCUCGCACGCCGGGGAGACCCCCCCGGGGGGUCGGCGGACGUCCCACCCGCUGAGCCAGAUCGACCUGGCGGGUGGCAACGGCCGCUGGAGGCAGAGGAGGGCGAAGGAGCAGUGGGUCCUCGACCAGGCCGAGGCGGAGAAGCAGCGGCGGGAGCGCCAGGCCGUCGAGGGCGAGAAGAGAAGGAGGUGCGAGGAGCGCGAGGCCAGGAGGCGCCAGCGGCAGGAGGAGGACCUGCAGCGCCUGCUGGCGCUCGAGGAGAAGAGACAGAGGGAGCGUCUCGCGCAGGAGGAGCGCGAGCGGCAGGAGGAGGAGGAGCGGCGCCUGUGGGCCGAGAACGAGCGCAGGGACCGGCUGGCGAGGCAGCCCAAGACGUGCACCGCGUGCGCGGGCUCCGGCAAGUGCACGGCCUGCGGCGGCAAGGGCUCCUUCUUCGCGCUGUUCCUGUCUGCAUCCGUGGGCCCGGAUGCCUUGCUGGAUUUUGGCCGGGCGCAGCAAGGGUGCCAGGAGUGCGGUGGCUACGCCCAGAACAUUCGUGGCGAUCUCGUGCAGGGAUCUGGCAAGUGCCUCGUUUGCGAUGGCGUGGGCAUGGUGACCCCGCGUGUGGAGGAGAUGCCAACGGACAGCAGGCAGAUGAGCACGAGAUUGAGACGGUACAGGUCUUCUGCGUUCAGCACUGGGCUGCCCAUCCUGCACAGCCCCAAGGCGGUGGACCGCUGCCUGUCUGGCGGAUUCAGCUCAUGA